AUGUCCGCCAGAUGCACAGACCGCCCGGGGUCCCGGCGUCAAUCGUCUCCGCCUGCUACUGUUGCUCCAAAUCCUCAUCACCUUCCCUCUUCGCCAGGCUUCAGACCGUCCAUCAAUCGGCGCUCGCUUCAAACUCACAAUUCGCAGCGUCUCGCGCCCUGGUCUUGUUCGAGUCCGAGUCCGACCCCAACUUUCCGCAAUACAUUUGUGUCACCACAGGCCGGACCUCUUUCGAAUUCUAGUCCUCAGGAAAGCGCUCUCGCCAAGGCAGGCCCAUACGCGCACGAUCAUACAAGUACAUCGCAAAACUCUCGGUCCAAGCUUAAUAGUCUUCCCGAACCUCCGUCCGUGUUUGCACCUCCUGGAGGUUUCAACCCUCACGAUCUAGAUCUUCUCCGCGCGGGCUACAAAUACGCAUACGUCCUUGCCCCGCCUCCUUUCACAUCAACAGGAGCGUCCACAGCAGAGCCAGCAGCAGGGUCAGCAGCGGCAGUUCUAAAAGCUCCUAAAAGAAAGUCUGUCCGAUUCGACAUGGCCGAGCCACGAGCCCGUGCCGCCCGGCACAAGGGCCAAAUGAAUUUUGGUCCCGAGAUGCGCCACCUCCUUCUAGCCUACGGUGACCCAGCCCCGCAUCACUCAUUCUCCAGCGAACCCCUCCCUGAAACAAUUCGCGUGCUCGACGAAAUCGUCACAGACUUCAUCCUAGAGCUAUGCCAUGGUGCCGCGCAGGUCGCGCACCACGCCCGCCGCCAGAAGAUCAAAGUCGACGAUUUCCGCUUCUCACUACGUCGAGAUCCGAACAAGCUUGGCCGUGUGCAGGAAUUGUUGCGCAUGGAGCGUGAGUUGAAAGAGGCGCGGAAGGCUUUCGAUCAGAAUGAUGAUCAGGUUGCCAAGGAUGCUGGGAAGAAAGGAGCUCCUGUUCCUGAGGAUGACGACAACGCUUCAGUUGCCGGUACGGUGACUGGAAAGAAGGGCAAAGGCAAGGGAAAGCGAGGUGCUGCUAACCGAAGAGGCUCGGAUGCUACCGAGGAGUCGGUUCCUAAGAAGAGGAAGACUCUCGGAUGA